UGACGUCGAAUCGGCAGAGUGGGAGGUGAUUUUUCCUGCGAAGUUCAUGAUUUAAGACAUUUUCGAAACUGUUACGUGUCAGGAUUCAUCGAAAACCAUGGCUGACAACGAACAGAAAGCGUUACAAUUAAUAGCCGAGGCCGAGAAGAAGCUAGCAUCUUCCAAGAGCUUCCUGGGUUCUCUAUUUGGUGGAUCAUCGAAGGUUGAAGAAGCUGUAGAAUGUUACCAACGUGCUGCAAACUUGUUCAAGAUGGCAAAGAAUUGGAGUUCAGCAGGGAGUACAUUCUAUGAAGCAGCAGAAUUGCAUGCCAAGGCUGGUAGUCGUCACGAUGCAGCUACCAAUUAUGUAGAUGCUGCUAAUUCCUUCAAGAAAUCUGAUAUAAAUGAGGCAAUUAGUUGCCUGUUAAAGGCUAUUGAAAUUUACACCGACAUGGGUCGGUUCACGAUGGCAGCCAAGCAUCAUCAAAGUAUAGCUGAGAUGUAUGAAAGCGAAGCCAUGGAUCUUGAGAGAGCAGUUCAUCAUUAUGAGCAAGCCGCUGACUACUUUCGUGGAGAGGAGAGCAAUUCCUCUGCCAAUAAAUGUCUUUUGAAAGUUGCACAGUAUGCUGCUCAGCUUGAAAAUUAUGAAAAGGCUAUACAAAUUUAUGAACAGGUUGCAUCUGCAUCUUUAGAAAGUUCUCUGUUAAAAUACAGUGCGAAGGAAUACUUUUUCCGGGCGGCACUGUGUCACUUGUGCGUUGAUACAUUGAACGCGCAACACGCGAUUGAACGUUAUCAGGAACAAUAUCCUGCAUUCCAGGAUUCUAGAGAGUACAAAUUGAUAAAGACACUAAUAGAACACAUCGAAGACGAAAACCUCGAAGGUUUUACAGAAGCGGUAAAGGAAUACGAUUCAAUUUCGCGAUUGGAUCAAUGGUACACGACAGUAUUAUUACGUAUUAAAAAGCAAGUUGAUGUUAAUCCAAAUCUACGCUGAUCGGUUGUUCCUACUUUGCGCUAUUUCCUGUCGAUGAUAUUAUUAAUCCAACUCUAUAUGUAUUCUUUUUUAAAUCAUAUCCUGCUUUCAGUGGAACUUGUAAAGUAGUUUCGUUUUUAUAUCCAAAUAUAUUUUUCAUAACAUCUCCUUGCUCUCUUGGCAACUGUUACAUGUUUCAUCACUUAAGUUAUCACGUUACUAAUAGAAUAUUGUCAUGAAAAGAGUAUAAACGAAAAAGAGAAAGUGAACUUCAAAUAUUCUAUGGACAUUAAUAGUUCAUUUACGAUGCCGAUAUACAAGGCAUACAAUUAAAUAUAUAAAUACAUAGUAUCGGAACUUUGUUGGCAUUAUCAUACCUAUAAAUACAUAAAUAGCUUGCCAAAAAGUCACAGCUUGUACAACUUCAUUUUACCGCCUGCGAUUGCGAUGAAUUAUUAGGACAAAAACGAUUGUUUUCCAUGAGUUUAGUCGUUUUAGUAGAAUAAUGUGGUGCAGUUUUAUAUAUAUAUAUAUAAUAUUUUUGAGCGGUUAUUGAUAUUUAUUAUUAGUAAUUUGGAAUAAUUAGUAACAAUAACAAAUAAGAUUUUGUAGUUACAAAAAAAAGUUAUAACUUAUGUUUCGCCUGGAAUUGUUAAAACAAAACGAUAGAUUGUCAGUUGUUAUCUUUACACUGCCAGAGUGUCAAAAUAAUGAAUAUGGUGUGCAUAUUAUCUUCUUAUGGAUUUAAUGUAUUUUACGUUAGUAUCAAAUUUUCUUUUUCUUUCUUGAUUUUCGCAGAAUUUUAUUUAGUCUGAAACUUUAAGUGUAUGUAUAUAGUAUGGUUAUGAUAUUUUAAUAAUUUUUAAAAUGGAUGGAACAUAUAAUUCAUAAUGUUGGAAAAUGAUCAUGACAUGCAUUUAAGUGUAAAUAUAGUUAUUUCUUCUCUUUUUUUUCUUUUCUUCCUUUUUGGUUAAGAUCGAUAUUUGUUGGUACUUUCUUAUCGUUGAAAACUGAUUUUGUCAAUGUAUAUUUGUACUUAGAGAUAUGUAGAUUCGAAAUAGCUGGUACUAGUGAUUAAAAAAAGCGAUUAUCAUUGUAAAAAUUUUUAAUUUAUUUCACCAUUAAUUUAUUGUUAUUUAAUCAAUUGUACGUCGGGAAUUUACUACAGCAUUUCAUAUUUAAAACAAGUUACAUAUAUAAAUAUUCUAUUGUUAAGUAGGAAUAGAAAAUAAAUACUUCUGCAUGCACAGAAAGUAACGGAGCGUGCACUUCAUAAAUAUUACUAAAAAAAGAAAUACAACUUUCGAUGCACGUAAUUAAUGCUACAUUAUCUUUUUCGAAUUGUAUAAGAAAAUUCAUUGAAUAAAAAAAAAUUUAUUUAUUCUUUGUACACAUUUAUCUAUAUAUACAUACAUAUAUAUAUAUAUUAGUUUAACAGUUGUAAUUAUUAAUCGAUAGAUAAUGAAUAACAUAUUCAUAUGAUCAUGAUAUGUUUCUCUAAAAUCUGAGAGUUAAUUAAUGGCGCCCAGAUUUUCUAUUAUAUUCUACGUAUUGUAAUAUUAAACUGCGUAUAUUAGAUGCGUUCUUUCGAAAACUCUAAAAGUAAAUACAACUAAACUUAAGCAAGUCAUUUCAUCCAAUGUGUUCGUAAGAAAUUUAUAAAAUUUAAUUACAGCUAUGCGUGAUUGACAUGGUGAUGAGAAAAAGUAUGUUUAUGCGUUCUUUAUCUUUUUGUUCGCGAAAUAUCAUUAAAAAUUUACUUCGUUACUUUACUUAAUUUACUUAAGUCGUAUAGCGGAAAGAAUUAGCGUGUACGUAUGUAUGGUGUGAGUACUCUGGAUACGUAUACCCCUCUUGAAAAAAACAGAAAUUAAGUUUUUUUCGUGCAUGAGGAAAUUUAUUUAUAUAUACAUAUACGUACGUCCGUUAUUGUAUAUUUAGUUUAUGUAUUUAUGAUUAAAAUGGAAUUAUGUUACGAUA